CAGUCAAGAUCACUGGCUUUAUGUAGGAUGGCAAUCGAACACCAGCCAGCAGGAGGUGAAAGCAGAGUUUACUGAAGACAUAGAGAUGUUUUUCAUCUUUGGGUUCCAAACCACCAAGAUAUAUGCAAGGUGUCUCACUUUCAGAAUCUUGUGAUAUGCCAGUAUUUGAGACUGCCAGACUCAGAAGUGGUGGCUUAUCAUUUAAGCUCAAUGACGAAUUAGAAUUUGAAUGCUAUGAUGGAUAUGAGAGCAAACUUGGACGCAACACAGGUUCUACAGUAUAUGGUAACCGUGGUUGGUCGGAUCCACCUGCAUGUUAUGGGGAGGUAAAAUCAUGUGGUUCGCCUCCUCAACUCUGCAAUGGGGAAUUUAAGGAAAUGAGCAAAGGAAAAUAUGAACAUAACGAAGUGGUGGAAUACGUUUACAACUCCGGAUUUUCAAUGAAGGGUUCUAAUAAAAUUCAGUGUGUUGAUGGAACCUGGACAACCUUGCCUAUAUGUGGGGUUUUUACAGAGCGCAGUACGUGUGGUGAUACUCCUGGACUUGAUUAUGGCUAUGUUGUUGAGUCUCCUGCCCCUCCCUAUCACCGUGGAGCUUCAGUGGAGUUCAAGUGCAGAGAAACAUUUACAUUGAUUGGACACAGAUCAGUUACAUGCAUUAAUGAAAUGUGGACUCAACAUCCUCAGUGUGUUGGAAGAACUUGUGAUUUUCCAGAAAUAAAACAUGGAAAUAUAUAUGAUGAAGACAGGUAUAAACAGGCCUUUCCAGCUGCUCUGGGAAAGUAUUUCUACUACUCAUGUGAUCACAGCUUUGCGUCUCCUUCACAAUCACUCUGGACUAAAAUCACCUGCACAGAGGAAGGAUGGUCACCAACACCAAAGUGUCUCAGACAGUGCUUUUUCCCUUGGGUGGAAAAUGGUCAUUCUGCAUCUUCAGGACAAACACACCAGGAAGGUGACACUGUGACAAUUGUCUGUGGUACGGGCUACCGUCUUCUAAAUAGUCAGAACAACAUCACAUGUACAGAGCGUGGCUGGUCCAUCCCUCCUAAAUGCAGUUCAAUAGACCCUAACAGAAAAUGUGGGCCUCCUCCAUCUAUUGACAAUGGAGACAUUACCUCGUUCCCAUUAGCAACAUACCCUCCAGGAUCAUCAGUGGAGUACAAAUGCCAGUCCUUCUAUGAACUUCAGGGCAACAGCCAGAUCGUAUGCCGUCAUGGACAGUGGUCAGAACCACCUAAGUGCUUAGAUGCAUGUGUGAUAUCAGAAGAAAUCAUGGAUAAACAUAACAUACAGUUACGAUGGAGUCCUCAAAAAAAAGUUUAUUCUAAAACAGGGGAUAUGAUUGAAUUUGAAUGUAAAGCUGGAUAUCAUAAAAAGACAUCAUAUUAUACAUUUCGAGUAACCUGUCAGGAUGGGAAACUGGCAUAUCCCACUUGCGUAAAAACCGAUGGUUAAAAUAUAGCCCUAAAAUUAAAAUAUGUACAUUUAUUCCAAAUUUUUCAUUAUGAAUCCAAUUCUUCUCAGUUAUUGUUUCAACUAUUGCUUAGCCAAUUUUUAUACGUAAAUCAGAAUUUGUGUUAAAUAUUAGGUGGAUGAUGUAAUCUGAGAGUCAAAUGAAUCAUUUCUUAAAAGCACCACAUUAAAACUUGGUGAAACAAAA